CUUAAUUUUAUUCAUUCUUUAAUUCUUUACAUAAAUGUGACGCUCGUCAUGGUAGCUCAUGUUUGACAAACGCUUUUUUUUUCGUCGAUGAUUUUUUAGACCUACACAAACAGAAGAGGUGCUUCUGCUUGCUGUCAUACAGUCCAUUUCGCCGUAUCGCCAGUUUCGAAGUAACACGCGCCGCCAAUGUCAAUCCCAAUGCUUGGUUUGUUCUGCUCCUGGUAAAGAUGACAUUCGGCAGUUAUCGUUUAGAAGUAGUCCUGCCACAUUCAUGCAUGCUUGCGCUGUGAUUAUCCCUGUCCUCACACUCUCUGCCUUUAUGUCAAGUUCUGCUAUCAACGGUCAACGUCAAAUCAUGGUCAAGUGGCAGGCUACGCUUAGCCGGAGCAUUCUAAACUGCUAGAAUGCUACCUCGGAAAGAGUCGUUAUCGUACUUGUGCCUCGUUUCAUUCCACGCCAGCGCAUACUCCGAAGACAUUCUUUUCGGGCGAAAACUACAGUGGCAGUUGUGAAGAUAGCUCCCACUGGCGGACGACGUACUUACAGCGUAACAUCACGCAGAACUCAGGACGACGACUUCCUUCCCGAAGGGCUUAGGAGCGUCGCCAUGAUCAUCUAAGGCUGUUUCGGGCUAUCGGCCGACGCUUUUCAAUUUGUAUCACGAAGCACUAAUGCAGUUAUUGCUGGUCGCUGCGAUUUUUACGUGACCUGGGCCGUGUGUGAAGAAUGCGAGGAAAUCGCGACUCUUUCUCGAAUUUACGCACUCGCUGUGCCACCGUCGGCAGUGCUCUUUUCGCUUCCCACCAGCACUACGCUCCACAAUGCUGGGGCAGCGCAGUGCCGAACCUGAAUACUGCCCCAGAUUCCAUCAGUUUGGAUAGAUGGGUCGGCGUACCACUAGAAGAUCAUGCUUUUUCGAUUUCCCGUGUGGAGCGAAAACGAGAUGACAGCGAGAAGAAACUACAAGACAUAGCUGGUGAAGGCGAUGAAAAUCCUUACGUGCGUAGACGUCUCGCGGACAGUGAAGAGGCGCAGUGGAUUCUUCGGCGUAGAUCAAGUACAAGUUCCUCUUCAAAGCAGAUUGAUAGUACGUCCUCUACUUCCGGCCGCGGUGACAACGCUGAUGUGCUAGCAACAGCAGUCUUGUCGCCACUCGCAAGGGAGUCACUUCCGAGCACAGCGGUAGCAUGGAUCCAGCUAUCCGAUGAUGUGGGCGCAGAGCGAAGCGCAGGAGCAGAGGUGGUACGGCACGACCGCAAAAAUAAUCAGGAGACCAUGGAAGAAGAUGGGCGAGUGUUGACGCCGGAUACCGCCCCAGAGGGUGCAUAUGCCCCUCGGCGCAGCCGCACGCCCCAAUCGGGGCUAGACAAGACGACUGCGGACGCGCUUACGCACGAAGGGAAGGACGCGGAGAUUGGAAGCAGGAUAAGUGGACUGCAUUUCUUUUCUGGAGAAAGGCACCGGGGGCCGGCGCCAGAACAUGAAGGAACAGAAUUCGGCGACGAAUCUCCUGGUAAUGCUGCCGCAAAAUCGCAAGUGGACAAAAGCGGAUCUGUUAGGGCGGAGGUAGCGCGUUCUGAUCAUCGCAGGCUUGCCGCGGAAAGAGGUGUUGGCGAGGAAGCUGGUCGUCAACAGCCUAAGGGAACGUCAUGGGGCCUGCGUGAGACAUUUGGUGCCGAUAACACGGGGGCUCUGGUCGCAAUUGAAGAAACUGAAACUGAAAGUUCUGGCGCGGCGGUCUGGUCCUCCCAACACCCAGCGACAGCCUCCUCAACAAGGCCAGCGGCUGAAGCAGAUGAAGGUGAGAGUAGUCGGACGUCGUCGUGGCGACAUUCAUCGGACUUGCGCGGUCCUGACAAGUUUCUUGGAGACGCAGAGGUCACGCCGGUCGAACACGACCACCGCGCUGACGCACGCAGGUUGAUGUAUGACGACCAGAAGAAGCUCGAAGCCGCCCGGGUUUACGGAAAUAUCCACAAAUUUGCCUACUAUUUCGUGGACCUGCUGAUUGGUCACCCAGUGGCGCAGCGCACGAGCGUGAUUAUUGACACCGGCUCUUCCUUGUGCGGAUUUCCUUGCUCCGGUUGCCGACAUUGUGGACGCCACAUCGACGCGGCGUUCGAUGUUUCCAAGAGCCCCAGCGCAAAAUGGAUUCAAUGCAGCGCGCAGUGUAAACAUAGUUGUAGAAGUCAACCGACUUUAUUCAAGUGAUUUUCUUAAUAACUACCGCAUUUCAUUGCCUUAUGCUUUGUUUAUGCGAGUCGCGCAUAUAUAAUUUUGUAAUGCUGCAUUUUUUUAUGCAGGUUCUUGUCGCGGCGACAAAUGUGGUUACAGCCAAGGAUACACGGAAGGAAGCUCCAUCAGCGGCCACUGGUUCGAGGACUAUGCUCGGCUUGGCGAUGUCAUACAGAACAACCCGCCCGUCAAAGUGAAAAUGGGCUGCCACGAUAGCGAGAAUAAACUGUAAAGUAGGCAUUUGUUGUAACAUAAUUUGCGUCAUCUGCUAGAACCUCCAAACAGUUUUAGUUUAUGAAUAAGUGACAAGAGCUAGGUCCGGACGAGGCGCGGGAGCAUGGCUCGUCUGCAUUCCUGUUUCUGGACUACUCCGCUUGAUUCAAAUUUGCAGGUUUUACACUCAGAAGGCUAACGGGAUUUUUGGUAUGGCCGGGAAUGGCGGUAAUGAUCUGCGGGGAAAGCCUACAAUUCUUGCGGACAUCUUGCGAGAUCGCGAGCACGUAAAUGCUAACAUUUUCACGAUGUGCCUGUCGCAGGAAGGCGGUCGAGUGAUCGCCGGCGGUUACAACUCCACCUACCACGACCCGAUUGAUGCGCCUAUCACCUAUGUGCCUUUGGGCGCGAAUUCAAAAUUCUACGUCGUGUCCCUUUCAGAAAUAAAGAUUGGGGGCCAGAGCAUCUCCGGAAACUACGGACGCACCAUCGUGUAUGGCAAAAAAAACACUUCUGUCCCACUCUGGUCGCAUGAUGCCACAGCACUUGCAAGAGGAUGCUGCCAGAAGUUCGCUAAACUAGAAUGAGCUAGCGAAGUCCUCUACUCGAACAUUUUUAUUGCUUUCCCAGCGGAGGACUGAGGUCCGAUAAUAUCCAACAAGGGGAGUCGAACCACGGUGAGGAGCUGUAGCUCUGGCUAGUGGCUGGGACGACUACAUGCAUCGCUAAGAAAAGAAGGCAAGUGAUGAAUUACGACCUAUCUGGUGAUGUAUAUAUGCCUAUGCGGUGCUGUUGCAUCGAUCUGAGCCGGCAUGGUGGGCGAAAGUCUUUGCUGCUAUACUGUCGACAGUGGUACGACAUACUCAUACUUUCCUUCCCGCCAGUAUAGGACUCUGAAAUCGCAGCUAUACAACCAGUGCAAGGGUAGGUGCGGCACCCGUUCCGGUGCGGAGUGUUGGGUAUAGCUCGAUUUUUGCGGUAUAUUGUUUUUCUUCCUCUAUGGCGAUGGUUGGCGUCCGUUGUAACUACUGUAACUGUGCCUGGGAUGCUUGUUAAUGGUUCUGCAUGGUCGACAAAUGAAACACGAAUAGCGAGUGAUCGGAUGGCUCGUCUUGAUUUUUUUAUCACGGAGCGCUCCUUGCGUGGGGCUCUUUAUUUUACGUUUACAUUGUUCUUGACGGGCAAGCUAUAUUUUUUUUUUCCUGAGUAGAAGUAGUAGGUGCACAACAACAACAAACACUGACACAACAUGUGAAAGUGUACCGAAAACAAGCCACAUAAUGACACUAAAAAAGAACUCCCCGGGCACCACAAUGGAGAACAUCGACAGCAAAUGCUAUCGCACAGAAUAUUAUUCUGACUCUGAGAUGCUCAUCGAACAAGUAGGACGAGAUUACUUAAUUUUAUAGUUGCAGGCACGCUAACCCUAACGCUCGCGGCAGCAGCCAUUGUUUACUUGUAUUUUCCAUGGAGCAGUAGCAGGCCGAGGAUACAUAGACAUGUAUUUUCCAUGAUGGAGGCAGAUCCCUAAAUCUCCUACGACAACAAGAAAUACAGGGCCUUUUAACCACAGAAACUUACUCAAACAGCAAUUGGUAUGUGAAAGUAGCUGAUAUGCAUUGCAUUCUUUUUGGCCAUGCGAUGCCCAAGCCCAUGUCCGUUAAAAAGAACUCUUGCACUACUCUACUUCUGCUGACACCCGCAGCAACGAUGCCAACAAGCUCAGGAUAAUUUGUUUUGCAGAGUAUACCUGGCCGCUCAUUGAGAUGGUGAUCUCGGGGCAAACGAUGAAGUGGCACCCGCGAAGCUACAUGUACAAGAAGGGCCGAGGAACGAUUUUCUGUUUUACCUUCGACGACAACGGCUCUUCCGGGACGGUUCUCGGGUAUCGAUCAGAAAUACAACAAGGCGAACGGUCGGAGCAACGAUGGUCAUGGCCUACUUUGCUCUAUGCAUAGAUACGCGUGGAUCAUCUUCCAGCCAGAUGUAUAGUGAAUAAGAUUAAAAGCCGAACGGAAAUGUUGAUCCGAGCAAUGCCAGCAGUGCUGCUCUUCGUGCCUUUAGCAGAUGGGUCGUAGACAAUUCUCAUUAGACUUCCCUCGCCUUUAGCUGCUGUUGAGGUUGAGCGACGGGCACGGUAGAGAAUCCCAUACAGCAGCAGCAACAUGCUGCGUUUUCGUGGGCCAUCAAGAUUUUGCAUAUGUAAGGCUGCUGAAAUGCCCUUCACCGUCCUCGCUGUCCAUUUCUCGUCGAUACUGCUGCCUCGUGGAUGAUCGACAGAAGCUGCAUCUUUGACCUGGAGAAGAAAAAAAUCGGUAUUUUAUAGGAUUCUUGUUCCCACAUGACAAUUCUUUUUCCGCCCACACCACAACUUUCACGUGUACAAGUAGCGAUCCGCUCGAAGUCAGUUCUGAUUCUUGCUGCUCAUUUCUAGAAGGAGCGGCACGAGGACCAAGAUCGACUUCAAUGAAAAAAAAAUACCGAUUUCAAUUCAUUUUAAUAUUGCUUUGCUCAUAUGCCUUUUGCUUUGUUGCGUAGUCGGCGCGAUCAUUCGUGGUGAGGUGAACAAGGCGGCGACCGAAUAGAUAUGUAUCACCGCCUUGUUAGAAAUGGUGGGCGGACCAUCUCCUGAAAAUAUAAUCGAUAUUCAGAAGAUAAGAGGCUCCGCCACCCCCACCGCCACUUGUCGAUGCCCCUGAAGCCCGAUUGGCCUCACCCUCUACUGGGGGUUAGUUACCGCACUGAUCUACACUGAGACUAAGGUCAGCCGGGUCAGGAGAGUGAUCUCUGCCCCUGCCUCCGAAAAGUCCCGAGCAAAAACGAAUGAAUUGUGCGGACGAUUAAAAUGAAACAGCCAGGCCCAAAAAAGUAAAAAAAGAUGAGAAAGUUGUUCUUGUUCAGCGAACGCCCCCAGAAUAUGGGCAAACGGUGAAGAAAACUGAAAAGUUCCACUCCGUCUAGAAGACUCGUUUCUGAUUGAAUACUCAUCUCAACAUGAUUAAGUUGUAAAAUGCAGCCAUAGUAUUUGUUUCGAAUAUCCUUUGACCAGGUUUCGUUGACGCGCAUUGUCCGAAGUUCGCGUCUCGUCCUCGGGGACCAAAUGCAGAUGAUUUUACUGGAGGCAAGGGGCAUCAGCCAGCCGGAAAGCCGUCGUCCGGCCAGAAGCCCGCGGCAGUUUAUUCGGAAACUCCAUCGCCUCCGAGUACGCGGCUAGCAAAAUUUCGAGUCGAGUCAACCUCAAUUCCUCGAGUACGAGCUACGUAUCACUGUACUCUGGAAGAUCUAUGUACGUGCUCAUGUACGUACUCCCUAUGUAAUGUGUGUAGUAAUACUAAAUAUGUUGUUGGUUGGGCUGGGGCUGCCGGGGUUCCGUUCGUUCCCCCUAGUCAACCCCCGGUGGUGCUGGGGUUCUGGGGUGUUUUGUCCUGGGGGCCAGGGGGUGACGGAGCGGGCCGCUCCUGCCCGGCGCGGAAGCUAGGCACGCCCUCCUUAACACCGCCGCCCUGAUAAGCGCGGCGCAAGGGUCCGCUUGGGUGUUUGCUCUGGCUAACACUCGGAAGGAACGUAGCGAAAAGAUGAACAUCGCGUGGAGCAUGGUGCUGGGCAAUAAAAACAGUUGCGGCAUUCAUAUCUUUUUUGUUUUUUUGCAGCACGUCAUCGAAUGCGAUGAAUUCAGUCGCAGCUCAACAUCCAACAAAAGGAACUACGGCACUAUUCCGCAAACAGAUGAACCGCACUACAUAACCGUAUUCAAUUAAAGUGCAGUCGAAGUGUUGAUGUUGUUGACCCGGCGGAAGAUUUUGUUGGGAUGCCGCCAAGCGUAGACUCGGGAGGUGCAGCUGAUGGUCCUCCGUUGACUUUGAUACCGAAGGCGAAACCAGUUGCCGCAAGUACCGCGGCACCGGCGGUCUCUCCUUCUACUGCCGGCGGUGGAGGUAGCACUUCUACGUCCUCAGGCACGGCAAGCGUAAGCGAGACGAGCAAACAGGAGAGGAAGAGCAGCCCCUGGCUAUAUGAGAGUGCGCAUGAGCCCCCCGUUCGCUCAUUUCAAUGGCUUGAGCAGCAGCAUGAACAUAGCUGCAGCUGUAUAACUAAGUUUCGCAUGACAUUGACAAUGGCAAGUUUUUCGUGCGCGGAAUGUAGUAACAUGACAGACGGGGCAGAACAGAGCUGCGCACUCUCAUAGGCUACCGAGUUACUUCCAAACCUCUGGAAAUCCAGACCGCAAAACGGCUUCAGCCGCAGUGGUGUCAUUGUUGGCGUUGUUCUUGCUGGGUUGCAGUUGUCGACAGCUCUAUCGUGCGUUUCGAAGAAGAACCAACUACAUAUGGACUUCUCAAACGUUACAACGUUCUCAGUUGUUGCAGCAUGAAUUUGCGAUGCAAGGACAGCAAUGAAUAUAAAAGCGAAAUGAAGAAGGGCGGAGCUGACAACUUUUGCCUCACAAAAAAAUUGGAACAGAUUAUCAGCCUGCAGCUUGGUACUACAACCACUUGAACAAAUUUGUCAUGCGAUCAUGGAGCAGGAGCGGGAUCGUCAUCGUGUAGAUGCCAAUGGCUACUUUAUUUCAUGACAUCAAAUGAUGAAUGUAACAAGAACAACUGAAAGUGAGAGCGUAGCGCUUGUUGAGAGUCUCAUACUACACUGUCACGCAGCAAAAUCCAGAUGACGGCGUUCCCGUCCAACAGUGGUUGUCACCGAACAAGUAGGAGUUUGAAAAGUAUGAGCCUGCACAACUCGUCCCCCUCCCCGUUCAUCCCAUGAACAGCAAGACAAACACCAGCACACGAGUACGUGGAGCCUGUGUGGGACAAAUUCAUGCGCUACUUAUUAGAAGUAGUACUGUUUGGGGUCCUGCUCGUUCCGGAAUCUGUCAUUGUAACAGUGCCACAGAGCAGCACUUGGAUUCGGGGCGUUGCGUGACAAAUGGGGGAGAGGGGGAGUUGUGCCCUCUGAUAAGAAAUAGAGUCGCAGCGCCACAACUUGCGCGGGUUUCUUCGAAGUUUUAGAGCGCAGAAAUGUCCUCGACCUGGACUCGAAGUAAAUAUACACAUGAAGAUGGCAUGUUGUUGAUAAGUGAAGGGCCGAAAGCCAAACAGUCUGCCGCUCGUGUUAGGGAAAAAGAAAAAAAUAAGCGCAAACGGCACCAGCUGGUGCUUUCGCUCUCGGCGCUGCUUCGCUGUUGCAUUCUUGUACAUGUACUUCAUCGAGCCUUACAUUCUAUUGUAUGACGUUGACUUCUAUGUAGCCUGUUUGGCCGUCGUGACUCUUUCAGUUUGAUAGCGAGAUCCCUCCACCGGCAGAUGCGGCGAGACUAACAAACGGCGCAACAAAUACGGGGCUCCAGCGCAGCGCAGGAGGUCAGGAAUAG